AUGGUCACAAAGACGAGGAGAAUAAUACAGUACAACUCCACAGAUGAGGAUAAGGAAUGGUUGUAUAGGAGCUUAGUGGGAAAUAUCUUGCCAAAUGUGGAUGUAGUAACACUGGAGGCAACGGUUUUAAAAUUAAGUGUCAAAGCUGUGAGCUUUCAUUUUUUGGGUGCUAGCCAGUGGGAAACAAGGACUAGAGCAUAUUACAUAUUUGCUUGGAUCUCCAUAUUUGGUUUGCCAAUGAAAGGGUGGAACAGAAACUGUAUCAAUAUUUUGCUUCAGAACUGGGGAAAUAUUGUAGGAUACGACACUUCCUGUGUUAGUCAGGGGUCCAUAUCAGGUAUUAGGGUUCUUAUUCAAACCACAAAGAUGGAACCUUUACAUGAUCAAGUGUUGAUCCAGCUUGAUGGAGUGCAGGUUGAGGUCAGUUUGAAAGAAAUCAAAGGUGAGUUUAUCCCCUCUCUCACAACAGUCAAACACUCCAUGGAUGUAUCAUUGUGCUCAACAUCUGUGCUAUCCGAUGACGAUGAAGAUGAUUUUUUUGAGGAAACUAAUAGAGCAACAACGACUCACAAAGAGACAAAACAAAGACCUGAAUUUGAAUCUGAAUUCACUGGUUUGUUGGGCACCCAAACUCAGCUUCCUAGCACACUCACCACGUCUGAAGUUUCACCAUGGUACCUCUACCCAGAAAUUACUGAAAUCUGCAAACAUGCGGUUUUAUCUUAUGAGAGUACGUACGAAGGCGAUAACCAGUUAGCCUUGGAAACAGGAAAUCUCACAGAAAAAAAGCAACAAAGCUCACACGCAGAUCACACUCUCUUAGGAGGAGGAAUCACGUCAAGUGGGAAAACAAAGCGAAAUGUUAUUAUCAAAGCUGGUAAGGAAUUGAUUGGUGAGGAUGAGGCAAGUAGUUCAAGAUACAGACCCGACACCAAUUCUGGUGAUGAAGCAAAUGAGCCUGCACAUUCUGAUAAUAGGGCAGAAGCCGCUGCUUGCUGGGAAGUUGGACAAGCUAUUCUCCAAGGGCAUGACGAUAGCACACAUGACUCAGACACUGCAGGGAUUCCUAGACCGAGAGCAGGAAAAGUGGAUCCUAAGGAAGAAGCCGUGAUUUGCUUCUGCACCUUCACUCGAUCCAAUCUAGAUUGCCUAGUCUCUUUUGUAUAUGCUCCGAAUGGUGGGAACCUGAAGAAUGAGUUGUGGACUUAUCUUGUUACAUUCAGGGAUAGUGUUAGCAAGCCGUGGUGUCUUGCGGGUGAUUUUAAUGAAACCUUAUUCCCGUCAGAUAGGAAAGGUGGCUCACAAAUAACAUCUUCCAUGACAAGAUUCAAAAAUUGCAUUGAUGGUUGUAAUCUUAUGGAGCUCCCCUUAAAUGGGAGAAAAUUUACAUGGUCUCGAGGUAAUGUGGCGAGCCGUAUUGAUAGAAUAUUUGUAUCGGGGGAUUGGUUGCAGACUUUCCCAUCAUCUACCUUAUUCGGUCUCUCAAAAUAUUCAUCUGAUCAUAGGCCUCUGCAUCUGUUGCUCGACUCUACAAAUUGGGGCCCGAAACCUUUUCGCUUCAUGAAUUGCUGGUGGCUUAUGUCUGAUUUCAGGAAUAUGAUUCAGAGCUUUUGGAGUUCAAUCAUGGUUUCAAAAUCUGGCACAAGGAAAAUGGUCUCGGCUCUAAAGAUGUUGAAAGAGAGAUGUCGACAGUGGAGUAAAGCUAAUGUGGGAAGCAUGAAUAACAGAAUUGCGGAACUGGAACUUGAAGAUGACUCAAUGGAUCGUAAAAAUGAGUGCAAGGUCUUGAGUGUUGAUGAACUGAAUAGAAGUAAUUCCAUUGCCUCCCGACUCAAAAUCAUGUAUAGAGCUCAAGAGUCUGCCUGGCAUCAGAAGUCAAGAAUUCAGUGGUGUAAGCUUGGAGAUAAAAAUACUCGAUUCUUUCAUUUAGCUGCAACUACAAGACAAAAAAAGAAUCAGCUUGCAUGCCUGGAGAACAGACCUAGAGCUUCAUGUUCAAACCUGGAAUUCUCAAGGCUGAAGCCUUCAUCCUCGGCUGCUCUUGAAUUGCCAUUUUCUGCAGAAGAGAUUAAAACAGCUAUGUGGGAUUGUGAUGGAAAUAAAGCUCCAGGUCCUGAUGGUAUUAACUUCCUUUUCAUCAAGAAAGCAUGGAACAUUAUAGGUGAGGACAUUAUCCAGAUGGUUGAUGAAUUCUAUCGGACUAAUCUCCUUCCUGCUGGUAUCAAUAGCACCUUUGUUACUCUUAUUCCGAAGAUUAAAGGUGCUAACAAGCUAUCAGAUUUCAGACCUAUUAGUUUGGUUGGCAGCCUAUACAAGAUCAUCUCAAAGAUUUUAGCAACCAGAAUGAAACAUGUUAUGCCAGAGGUCAUCUCCCAUCAUCAAAAUGCUUUUAUCAAAGGGAGGCAAAUUUUAGACAGCGUCUUGAUUGCAAAUGAGGUCCUUCCUUUCAUUAAGAAGAAAAAGGGUAAAGCUUAUCUCUUCAAAUUAGAUUUUUAUAAAGCCUUCGAUUCGGUGUUAUGGGAAUAUAUUAAUGAAAUCAUGGCUAGUAUGGGCUUUCGCAAUAGAUGGCGAGGGUGGAUUAUGCAAUGCAUAUCAACGGCAAAAAUAUAUGUGCUUGUUAAUGGGUCUCCCACAGAGGAAUUCUGCUUAGCUAAAGGCCUACGCCAAGGAGACCCUCUCUCUCCGUUUCUCUUCAACGUUGCAGUCCAGGGGUUGAGUUGUAUGUUGCAGCGUGGCUGUGAUUUGGGUUUGACUUCAGGUAUAAACAUCGGCAAUACGGGGCUUGUCAUAUCUCACUUACAGUUUACGGACGACACCCUUAUAUUCAGUUCAGACUCUUCAAAUAGCAUGCAGAACAUUAAACGUAUCCUAUUAUGCUUUGAACUUGUCUCGGGGAUGAAGGUCAAUUUUUAUAAAAGCAGCAUUGUAGGUGUGGGUGUAGCAACUCAUACAUGUAACUUCACGGCUCAGCUUCUCAGAUGCAAGCAGGAUCAGCUGCCUCUCAUGUAUCUUGGACUCCUCAUUGGUGGAAACCUAGGCAGAGCUACAAUGUGGAAUCCUAUUUUAUGGAAUAUUAGUUUCCGGUUGGCUUCGUGGAAAUGCAGGUUCUUAUCUAUUGGGGGCCGUUUGUGCUUGAUUAAAUCUGUGCUCAGCAAUCUCCCCAUCUACUACCUAUCUAUGUUCCCCAUGCCUGCAUCGGUUGCCUCCAUAAUUGAUCAGAAACUUCGAUCCUUCCUCUGGUCUGGAAAUGAGGAAAGACACAAAAUAUGCAAUGUCAGUUGGGCCACUGUUACUCUUCCAAAACAAGCGGGUGGUCUUGGGAUUGGUCCCUUAAGGGACAAAAACACAGCUCUGCUCUUUAAAUGGUUAUGGAGGUUUGGGUCGGAGGAAUCAAGUAUGUGGAAAGAUGUGAUCAAAAGCAUCCACAACACCAAUUGCUCUAAACUGCUGUUGCAAGCUCCUAUUCCAGGAGCUGCAACUACAUGGUCCCGGAUUGUCAAUCAUUGUGUGAGAAAUAAUAAGCUGCAGGAUAUUGUGAAUGAGCAAUCUCUGGUUCUUAUCGGAAAUGGCAAGAAGACUAAGUUUUGGCUAGACUGCUGGCUUAAUAACCACUGUUUAGCAGAGCACUUCUCUACUCUUUUCCAAUUAUCCAAUGACAAAGCUGCCAGCAUUGCUAAGAUGGGAAUGUGGGAAGGGUAUGAGUGGAUUUGGGUUUUUUCCUGGAUACGUCCACUUCGGGGGCGCAACAUUGGCUUGCUCGAUCAGCUUUAUGCAAUCCUAUCGACUGUACUCAUGGACAAAGAUGGAGAGGAUAGACUAAUAUGGAAGGACAAUAAUUCAGGAAGAUUUUUAGUUAAAUCUCUCUGUGGAUUGUUAAGCCCAAAGCCUUCAACAAACAAUGCCUUCUCGUUUGCUGGAAUUUGGAAAGGUAUUGUCCCUCCUAAGGUAGAGAUCUUUUGCUGGAUGGCUAUCAUUAACAGAAUCAACACCCGAUGUAUGUUGGUUCGAAGAGGUAUAUUGGGUAGCUCAGAAUCAAAUUGCCCUAUCUGCCUAGUGGAGGCAGAAUCGGUGGACCAUAUCCUGCUACACUGCCAUAAGCAUUGGCUCAUUUGGUCCAAAAUCAUUAAGUGGUGGGGUUUAGUUUGGUGUUGCCCAAAGAGCUUCUCAGAUUUGUGGUCUCAAUGGACUUCCAUGGUGCAUGGUCAUUUUCAGAGGAAGGCAUGGUUGAUGUUGUUCUUCUCAGUGGCAUGGUCUCUUUGGCUACUUCAAAACGAUCUGAUCUUCCAACAGAAGACACCUGACUAUGAAUCAAUAUUCUUUCUUAUUAUCACCCGUCUAUGUCUAUGGCUAAAAGCUAUCCAUUCUGAUUUCCCAUACUCCCCUUCAGAUCUGAUCAGAUCGGCAGAUGGCUUACUUCGGUGGUCCAAUGCCCACUCUUUUAGGAUUAAUAAUAUGUGGUCUCCUCCUAUGAUUAAUAGCCUCAAAUGGAACGUGGAUGGCUCGUCUCUUGGUAAGCCAGGCCCCUCUGGAAUAGGUGGUGUACUGCGAAAUCAUCAUGGACAUCUUCUCGGUUUGUUCUCUAUUCCAGUUGGUAUUUUAGACUCUAAUAUUGCUGAGUUAAGGGCUAUUGUCAAAGCCAUUGAACUUUCAACAUCUAAUUGUCUCUUCCACCAUCAACACCUCAUCAUAGAAUCUGACUCUGUCAAUGCUAUUAGCUGGAUGAAUAAGCCUCACAGCCGUCCCUGGAAGCAUCAUAAUCUGUUCUCCUCUAUUAAUAGGCUGAAAGCAUAUUUUGGUUCAAUCACCUUCUCACAUAUCUUUCGUGAAAGUAAUUGCAUGGCAGACUGCAUGUCUAAACAAGGAAUGCAGAGAUCAAGUGAAUUUGUUGCCUGGCUUUGA